AGUGAAUGCUGUUCUAGUGGUAGAUUAUAAAGUAGUUUGAGUUUACACUUAGCUACCUACCAUUAGUGCAGACUAACCUUUGUUAAAUAAUGCACUGUUCGCUUUUAGUUUUUACCAUUUUUAUUAGUUCAGCUGUAGUUUGUUCAGCAACCAAAGUAAAACAAUGUCCUAAUGGUAAUAUUAAGAAUCUCGAAGAAUAUAUCAUAAUUGACAAGUGCGAGAUUCCUCCAUGCAAACUAAGAAGAAACACGAAACUUCCUUUGACAUUUAAAUUUGUGGCUGAGGACGAAUACAAAAGUUUAACUCAAACGGUUUACGCGGUGAUUGCUGAAUUAAAGUUACCAUUCUUGGGUGAAGAUGGCGAAGAAGUCUGUGAUAGGAUAUUUGAAGAGGACGGCGUAACCAAAAAUAACUGUAAAUUUGUUAAAGGACGAAUCUAUACUUACAAGCAUGACAUUGCAGUACUUCCAGUUUAUCCUAAAGUCAGAACUGUGGUUCAUUGGGAUAUCACCGAUCCUACUACUGGAAAGCAUGCAGUAUGCUUCGAAACACCAGCUAACAUAGUAUAAUUGAACUAUUAGAGACUGUUUUGUUAUUUGUUUUUAUUGAAUAGAAUAUUUUUUAUGCUUAUAAAUAUUUUUUUUAUUUGUAUUUGUG